AUAUUUUUGAAGAGCGCUUCGAACUUCGGAAAGGAAAAUAGAAAUACGAGAAGAAAAUUCAGAGGAUUAGCGGAUCGAAAGAAAGAGAAUAGCCCCCGGAGAAAUCAAGAAACAUCGAUCGAAAGGAACAUACCUUCUGCAAUCCGCAUAGCAUUGACCUGAGUUUCUCCUACAUUAGCGCCAAUGGCAACUCAAGCUGGUGGGUUGGUUCAUAUUCAAGAUCAAAAUCUUAACAGUCACUAUAGUGGGGCCUCUAUUGGGGGAAAAAUUAAUGCCCUCAAAAAACAAAAGAAAGAGAGCUUGGGUGGAACUGGAAGGAAGGCACUUGCUGACAUAACAAGAACUCCAAACCAGGCUUCACAGAACCUAAAUUCCAAGAAUUUCAGCAUUGGAGGAAAGAAAAAUGUUUCUAAAGCUAAGGAGAAAGUGCAAACCAGUGGCAGGAAACCACUUUCUGACAUUUCAAACUCUGGGAAGCCUUGUGGGCAUCAGGCUUCAAAGAAGCAUCAGGACAAGACUUCAAAUUCUGUUGCAGAGGAGCAAAUUCAUCUUGGUGCUAUUGCAGAAGAGCAAUUUUUGCACAACCAUCAAGAGUGCAUCAAAGCACAGAAAAAGGCAGUGGAUAUAGAUCACUUUCUGAAGACACUUGGGCUAGAUAAGGAUUUGUCCAUGCAAGUGGCGUCUCCUGUGGAAUUACCAGAGUCAAGAAAAUCAAAGCCCGAGAGUCCUAUGAAGUAUCUAGAAUUGGAAGAGAUGACUGAGCUGCCUAUUGAAGAUCAGUCUCCUUGGUGCGGGAAAACAGUGGGCCAUAAUAAGUCUCCACCUCAUUGCCCAUCUCCGAAAUCGCCAGGUUCAUACUGGAAGGACUGCAUGCUCCCUAGUUUUACCUUGAUUGAGACACCAGUACCGCCAAAGCGUUCAUCUAAUUUACUCAUAUGAGUGCUUGUCUCACAGACAUUUGUUGCUUUAAUGUGACAAUUCCUUCAUUCCUGUUCUGGAAUGAAAAUGGAGACUAUAGACUCAUGUAGCUGCUAGUUUUUUGUACCAGAAAAAUCUUAUUGCUAAUUCAGUCUUUGAAUGAGGUAUUGCCUUGUUUUUGGAACCUACAAAGGUUACACCUAGAAA